CGGCAAUAUUCAUGUCAUACAUUUUAUUCAUUGGAUAUUAUCACAAAUAUUCAGUGAAGAACUCUAUAAGUCAUGCUAAACAUAAAUAAUUUUUCAACUUCUACUGAGAGAUAAAAAAGUAUGGGACCAAAACAUGUAAAAAAAUGUGUAUCCAAGGGUAAAACACGAGUGGACCGAGAACAGCAAACGAAGAACCAGUUCGACCCUCUCCGUUUAGAGGUGAAAUAUCCUGGAACAGCGAUAUUAUUGCUGCAAUGUCAGGAAAAGCCUGUUCUGUUAGCUGCAGCGGCAGCUUUGGCAAAAUUUGGUAGCAAAUGUCAGGAGAACCUAGAAGUUUUGUUUGAUCUUGAAAUUGUAGAUAGCGUGAUACUAUUGAUUACACAUGAGGAUUUAUUUACACGAAGAUUCGCAGCAAAAUUAUUGGCCGAAAUGGUAGCCAUUUCCAAUGUCCGUGAUUUCCUGUUGGACGCCGAUUAUUAUAUUCCGCACUUCAUUAAAGUCCUUAUCAACGAACAGGAUAUCUUCAUGCAUGAAUUCUCUUCCUUGAUCCUAGCAGAAAUGACUAAAGACAUGUUUGGAGCAGCACAAUUAUUGAAACAGUGUCAGGAUAUGAACUUCCUAUUCGAAAGACUUCGAUCACCAGAUCCUGACGUGAAGAAGAACACCAUGCAAAUUAUAUAUAAUCUAUUACAAGAUCCUGUGGGAGCGAAGGAGAUCAUCGAGACUAAGAAUUUUAACAUGGAACUCGUCUACGAGCUUUUUAACUCCCCGUAUACUGAGAUUCAGAAGCUUGCACUCGAUGUAGUGACCGAUCUAGUACGAAGAAAUAAAGAUGAUUAUCUGCACGAUCACUUUCGGCGCACGAAUGGACUUGAAGUUUUAUUGAAAUUUUUGGAUAACAUCGAGUGGGAAGAUCUUCAUAUGGAUGCACUCCGGAUCCUCCGUUUUGCUUGCGACAAUCCCACUACAGCAGAAUUGUUCAACGAUAUCGGCGGUAUCAAACAGAUAUUAAAGUACAUAGAAGACACAUCACACUCAAAGCUUUUUAUGGAAGCUCUGGAUAUAGCUGUCCGUUUAUCACACACGUCUAGGGGCAGAAAAGUACUACAUGCAAUUAUUGCUGAUGCGUUUCUUGUAAAGGCCUUAUAUACCCAUGGCAUCGUCGAUUAUUUAUUGCGUACAUUAAUGGGCAACGUACAAGCUAACAUGUAUGAAAUCAGUUGUCAUGGUAUCGGUAUGAUGACUCUGUACAAUCAAGCAGCCAAGGAAUUAACUGCCAGCGAUUGUGUGAAACAUGUUCUAGAUGUAUUAAAGAACGAAAAUUUAAAAUUUUCCGCUAGACAGGCAGCUUUAUUCGCUUUAAAUCAACUGCUGAAGUGCGACGUGAAGAAUUGUCAAGAAUUAUUGGACAUUCACGGACAGAAUUAUUUGUUAUGGCUGAUGAAACAAACAGGGGGAAAAGUCCCUGUUGAAAUUCUGGUUGGAGUUAUAGAAUGCAUCAUUACAAUAGCAAGAAACCAGGCUUUGAGAGAUACUAUAAUUACGGGAGAUAUCAUCGAUGCCAUAUGUGCAUCUUUCGAAUUGAGCUGUAUAUCGAUGAAUGAUUUCAAAAUCGCUUGCUGUAAAGCUCUGUCCACCAUGUGUAUCGAGAAGAUCGGAAAGCAAGAAUUUCUGAAGGCUCAGGGGCCUGAAAGAUUAUAUAAUCUAUUGUGCGACGUUAAAUCGAUCCCGAUAAGGAACGCAGCCGCCCAAUUGAUUCAAUUAUUAUGCGCGGAUCCGGUUCUGGCAGAUACUUUCGUCUCCGCCAGAUAUUUAAAUUACAUGCUGAACAACCGGUCGACAGCGCGAGUAGUUCCUUCAUGGGACACAUGCAUAGAAGUCUUGUUUGACGCACAUUUGCCGAUCAAGUUCGCUUUAACUGGACGACUUUCUUUGCAUGACAUCACACGAGAUGGAUUUUAUGUACUUCGAAGAAACGUCUGCGCUUUUCCCAUAUUGGAUGAUAUUUUCCGAUUCAAGUUCUGCCCCUUGGAACCUAUCUACGUGGUUAAUUGCAUUCGCGAGGAACCACAUGAAUCGAACUUGGAAGAGGGUAAACAAGAGAAUACACAUACCAACAAUAAGAGAAACGUUUUCUUGUCCCAGGCAAUAUUACAUUUAACGAUGGAUUCCAAAUUUGGUCGCCUACAGUGUGAUUCAUAUCUCUAUGAUUACAUAGAAUUGUUUAAAUGCAAGUUAAUCGCCGCGGAGUCGAAAGACGUAGUGUCAAAGACGACACAAGGAUUUGUAAAUAUUAACUACGUGGCCUCGCGUGCUAAGAUGCUGGCCAAGUUUGUGGUCCAACAAAUGUCAGGUCCGGAUCCUCUAAUCAGAUGCGUGGAUCACCAGCUAGAAAUUCAUUUGAAGGAAAUCAAAGAAAGUAUAGAAACUAGUGUAAUCCCGUUGGGAAUGUUGAGAGUUGGUUCCUAUCUCGAAAGAGCCUUGCUUUUCAAAGUAAUCGCUGAUAGAGUACAUUUACCAGCAGCUUUGGUACGAGGACAGUAUGGAAAAGCCUGGAUCGAAAUUGCAGUCCCGGAGGUGAGAGUCCCAAUUGAGGAAGAGACUUUUCACUGUUAUCUAAAGAGAGAUCUAUCUUGCCCAGAAGUUAUCACAAUCAAUGAACCUCUAAAAGAAUACCCUCAAAAGUGCGAAGAUUCAAGCCUUACUCCUGAAGAUCAUUGUUCAUCGAAUUUCCCAACGAAAUUAUUAAAACCGAAUUUUAUCGUUGAUUUGAUGGACUGUCCCGGAGACUUGUUGCCAAUUGGCAGUAAUCGUGCCAGAUUAUACUGUGAAAAAAAGUUAGUCUGCGAUACUGUGUGUUAGAACAUGCGUCGCAAUCGUAUCGCAAGAUUUAUUUUAUUCGGAUACAUCAGUUAUAAGAUCUUAAUCUAAUAUUUUUCUCACUUGCACUCUCACUAUCUUUGGACUCUGUAGAAAAUUGGCGGUUUCAAAAACUGCUUAAUAAUAAAACGCAAAAAUCUUAUUUACAGCGGUAAUAUACAUUCAUGGGUCUUUAAUUAUUGGUCUUUAAUUAACAAAGUUGACCCGCGUCUAUUUUCAUUAAAUAUCGACAAUAAUUGAAACAAAAGCUUUACGGUAUUACUGCCGUGAUGAACGCUCAAUAAAUUAC